UCUGGUGCCAGUUUAAAAAGUAGCCCGCGGAGCAGCCACGGCUAACGGUAGCUGUUUUUCGAUGUUUUCUGCUUUAAAUACCGAGUCUGGUGAAUAAAAUACAUCCAGAAGAUGAUGGAGUCUUGUUUAGCCGGAAAGCCGGAGAGAGUUGGACCGGUUGAGGUGGACGACAUAAGGAGAGAUCUGCUGGGUGAAUUUGCUGCUCUACCAGCACAGGACAGUGUUCAGUCGCAGUCAGAGAACCUGCAGGUCUACCUGAGGGUUCGACCGUUCACUUCAGUUGAGAGCGACAAUGGAGAGUCACAGGAGUGUGUGACCAUCGAGGGAGCUGACACUGUGGUCCUGAAAGCUCCCAGGAGCUGUCAAUCAAACCGACAGAGUGAGAAGUCCCUCCCACAGACAGCACAGAGGUUCACCUUUACACAGGUGUUUGGUCCAGAGGCCAAUCAGAGGAAGGUGUUUGAGGGUUCAGUUCGUGGUUUGGUCCAAGAUGUUCUCGAAGGAGGAAACUGUCUGGUGUUCACAUAUGGAGUCACCAACGCUGGAAAAACAUUCACAUUCCUCGGUCCGGAUCAUGACUCAGGUCUGCUGCCCAGGUCUCUGUCAGUCAUCUUUAACAGUAUUGAAGGUCGUCUGUACAGUCGGAGCGACCUGAAGCCUCAGCGCUGCAGAGACUUCAGCAGACUGACUCCAGACCAGCAGGCAGCAGAGAGCAGCAGCAAAAAGAACCUGCUGAGGCUGCUCAAAGAGAGCGACAAAAGUCUGACGUCUGGAAGAUCGAUGUUUCUCGAAGGCUCAUCUCUGAGCACUGACAGCAGUCUGAACAGUGUCUCAGAAGCCGACAGUUUCUGUCUGGACGUUGACUCAAACAUCCGUUUCUCUGUCUGGGUUUCAUUCUGUGAGAUUUACAAUGACAACAUCCAUGACCUACUGGAACAGGUUUCCAGUGGUCACCACAAGAGGACAGUGUUGCGCCUGUCUCAGGACGUCAAAGGAAACUCCUUUAUCAAAGACCUGCGGUGGGUCCAGGUCAACAGCUCUGAGGAGGCCUACAGAGUGAUGAAGAUCGGGAGGAAGAACCAGAGUUUCUCCUCCACCAGACUGAACCAGCUGUCUAGCAGGAGCCACAGCAUCUUCUCCAUCAGGAUCCUCAGAGUGGACGACGUCGGAGUUCCCAGAGUCCUCGGCAUCAGCGAGCUGGCUCUGUGCGAUCUGGCCGGCUCGGAGCGCUGUUCUCGGACUCACAACACCGGAGAGAGACUCAAGGAGGCAGGAAACAUCAACAGCUCUCUACUCACACUUGGGAAGUGCAUCAGCGCCAUGAGACUCAACCAACACGCCAAGUUCCAGCACCACAUUCCCUUCAGGGAGUCCAAACUGACCCACUUUCUGCAGUUCUUCUUCUGUGGUGCCGGCCGGGUCUCCAUGGUGGUCAACAUCAACCAGAAUGCAUCCUGCUUCGACGAGACACUCAACGUCCUCAAGUUCUCUGCACUCGCACAGAAGGUGGUGGUGUUGACCUCGAAGCCAGUGGUCCUGGAUGACGACUCCCACAGGUCGGCCAUGGAGCUGUCGAUGAUCAUCGAUGAGGCCGACCGGCGCAGAAACGUGUCGGGGCGGGGCAGGAAGAGCUCGCUGGUCGCCUGGGAGACGACCCUGGAGGACGUGUUGGAGGAUGAAGAUGGUGAAGAGUGGGAGGAGGAGGAGGAAGAGGAGGAGAGUGUGAUGGAGGGAACCGUGCUGGAGGCGGGAGGUGAGGAAGACGAGGGGCAGGAAGAGGACAGGACCAUGGAGGAAGAAGAGAAGUUGGGCAGAGAGGCAGCGCUGCGUUUGGUUCUGGAGGCUCAGAUCAGAGAAGAAGUCAGCGCUGAGUUCAUGGAGCUUUUUAACAAGAUGGAGAAAGACUACAGCGAUCGUCUGGAGAAGGAGAGGGAGAUCCUGGAGGAGCGAGCUGAGAAAAGAGUAGAGAUCCUGAAGAACCUCGUCAGCAAGACGGUGGACCUGUCUGCCGUCAACACCGACAGCAGCAAGGAGGAGCAGGUGGCUCUGAUGGAGGGAAUCAUCAGCUCAGUGACUGAAGAUCUGGAGAAGAUCAGAGAGGAUGCACAGAGUGUUCACCGCUGUCUGACUGAACACACACACUCUGCAGAGCUGGAAGCACUGCGAUUGGAGAAGCAGCAGUCACAUGACCAACUGCAGGAAGCCAAGGAGAGUCUGGAGCAGCAGCGACAGAAGUUAUCAGAGCUGAUGGAGAUCUGCCAGCAGAAAGACGACGUCAUCAACAAACUCCAGGCCGCCAUGGACAACACUGUGGAGAACGCCACCAGAGACCGAGCUCUGGUGGAGUCAAUCAGGUCGGAGCUGCUGGAACUUCAACAGACCUGCCGCUGUCUCAGGAGGACAGGAGGAGAGGAGGGGGAGACGGAGGAGAACAGGAAACGCCAGCGUAACGAUCUGGAUGAUGAGGAGAGAGGAGGACCGGCCAAGAAGAGAGUGGUUCUGGAGGAGGAGAUCUGGAGGCUCCAAGAGGAAAAUGACAAGAAGGAGGAGACCAUCUUCCAGCUGAGAGAGAGAGAGGAGAGGAGAAAGGGGCUGGAGGAAGACCUGAGGAGACGACAAGAGGAGCUGAGGAGACGGGAGGAGGAGGUGCAGGAGUUGAAGAGGGAGCAGGUUUUGCUGGAGCAGAAGGUGCAGAAGCUGACAGAUCUGGACGAGUGUCCAAACUGUGUCUCAGUGUUUUCUUCUCUGGAGUCUGAGCAGAGGGAAACAUCCCGACUGUUGAAGGAGAACAAAGCUCUGGUGAACGGCAUCUUCCAGCUGCAGACAGAGGUAACGGGACUCCAGAAGCAGCUCAAAGAGAAGACUGACAGGUCUGACAGCCUAUCAGAGCAGCUCAACACCACAGAGACCCGCCUCCAGGACCUGCAGCGCCAAUCAGAGGAGAAGACGAGGACCAUCAGCAGUCUGACAGAAGAGGUGGAGAAUCUGAGAGAUGAAGUCAAGGAGGAGGAAGGGCAGAGCGGCAGCAGUGUUUUCCACGCUGCCAUGGAGGAGCUGAAGAAGGAAAGUCAGUCAACGCUACAAAGAUCAGCUCAGAAAUCACAACAGAUCCAAGAUCUGCAGAGAGAAAAGAGGCGGCUGGAGGAAAGUCUGACGCACAGUGAGAACAGGUGUGUUGAGCUCACAGAGGAGUUAGCCAAUCACAAAGCAGAAUUCUCCCGCCUGAGGGCGGAGCUCGAGUCAGAGGGUGCAGCUCUGCGAGGGAGACUGGAGGAGAUGGCGAGAUCAGAGGAGGAGAGGAAGAGAGACUGGGAUAGAGAGAAACAAGAGCUGCAUCGAGUCCUGACGGAGAAGGAGAAACUUUUGGAAGAAACUCACAGACAGAGGGAGACUCUGACCCAAGAGCUGGAGCAUCUGAAAGAGGAGCUGCAGAGGAGGAAGGAGGAGGAGGAGAAGGAGAACAGAUCGGUGGUGGAGGAGGAGAGGAAGGUUUCGGUAGUGGAGGAGCUGAAGAGGGAGAUCCAGAGACACCAGGAGAGGAGGGGGAGACAACAGAAGGAGGAGGAAGGGGAGAGGAGCAAAGAGUUUGAGGCAGUGAAGAGAGAGAUGGAGAAACUACAGAGACUGAAGGAGGAGAGAGAGAAGAGCACACAGCAGGAUGUUCAUGUCUCUCCUCUGAGGUCCAACAUGGCUGACAGGAAGAAAACCCCCAAACCUACUGGAAGGAAGAGGAAGAGCUGUGAGGUGGAGGACCUGGUGUUCAGUGAGAAUAAGAGAAACAAAGUGAGAGGAAACACUCGAACCAACAAACAGUGUUCUUCUGUGGUGAAGGAGAAGAGAGACGGGACUCUUCAGAAGAUUGGAGAGUUGAUCCACAGUUCACCCUCCAUCCUGGGCAGCAAAGCUAAAACCAUCAUCGGUCUGGUCAGCGGACACUCGGUGGAGAAGGAGACGGUAACCACGGCAACCAAAACCCGACGAGGACGGAGGAAGCUUUAUAAGACGGACGCCUCCUCUCCGCUGCUCGACUCCCCGCACACGACGUCCGGCGGAGUGGCAGAGGAGAAGGAGAGCGACCACCUCAUCAUUAAGAGACAGCUGCGCUCGAAAACCUGCAGGAAGUGACCUCGUCGUCCGUGACAACACUACGCUGUGGGAGACGUCUCUUAGACCCUCGGGAGGAUAAAAUCCCAAACUUUUCUCCUCAGUGAGUCCGAAGAAGUUUGUUUUUAAAUAACUGUACAGUUUAUGUUCUGUCUGAUAAUGGUUUUAGUUUUUGAGUUUGUGAUUUCAGGACCCUUUUCUCGCCGGGGUCAAUAAAGCGCUGAGGGAACACUGAAUAUUUUUCACUUUAUAA